CUGUCCAGGAUCCUGCCUCUCUGUCUCUCUCUCUCCACUGGGAAACAUGUCUGUCCAAGCUGUGAAGACCACCACCUUCUCCACACGCGCUUCAUCCAGGGCCCCCUCCCAGAGCUUUAGCAGCCGGUCAUUCUCUGGCUAUGGGGGUAACGUCAGCAGAGUGGUCCCCAGGCAGAGCUACGCUGUACGGAGCUCAUAUGGAGGUGGCAUGGGUGGAGCGGCAGGUGUGGGGGGGUUUAAGGUAGUUGGGGGGUAUGCAGCAGGGGGGAAGGGAGCUGUAGGUGGAGGGGCAGUGGAGUUUGGGUAUGUGGGGUUUGGAGGUGGCAUGGGAGGGGGCAUGAUGCAAGAGAUCCAACAUGCGCCCAUCACGGCGGUCACAGUGAACAAGAGCCUCCUCACACCCCUAAACCUGGAGAUCGACCCCACCAUCCAAGCAGUCCGCACCCAAGAGAAGGAGCAAAUCAAGACCCUCAACAACCGCUUUGCAACUUUCAUCGAUAAAGUGAGGUUUUUGGAGCAGCAGAACAAGAUGCUGGAGACCAAAUGGAAACUUCUCCAGGAACAGACCACCACUCACUCAAACAUAGACUCCAUGUUUGAGGCCUACAUCACCAACCUGAGGAAACAGCUGGACGGCCUAGGCCACGAGAAGGUCAAACUGGAGUCCGAUCUGCACCACAUGGCAGGGCUCGUGGAAGACUACAAAAAUAAAUAUGAAGAAGAAAUCAACAAACGUAACGACUGCGAGAACACCUUUGUGCUGGUGAAGAAGGACACAGAUGCGGCCUACAUGGUCAAAGUGGAGCUGGAGGCCAAACUGGAUGCUCUGAGUGACGAAAUCGACUUCCUCAGACAGAUCUACGACACUGAGAUCAGUGAGCUCCAGGGACAGAUCAAAGACACGUCCGUCAUCGUGGAGAUGGACAACAGCCGUAACCUGGACAUGGACGCCAUCGUGGCAGAGGUCAGAGCUCAGUAUGAAGACAUCGCCAACAGGAGCAGAGCUGAAGCAGAGAUGUGGUACCAGUCCAAGUUUGAAGAGAUGCAGCAGUCUGCGGGGAAAUACGGAGAUGACGUGAAAUCGACCAAAGCCGAGAUCGCAGACAUGAACAGGAGGAUCAUGAGGCUCCAGUCUGAGAUCGAGAUGGCAAAACAACAGAGAGCCAACCUGGAGGCACAGAUUGCAGAAGCAGAGGAGCGUGGUGAGUUAGCAGUAAAAGACGCUAAACUGAGGAUCCGAGAGCUGGAGGAGGCUCUGCAGAGAGCCAAGCAGGACAUGGCCAACCAGGUCAGACAGUACCAGGAGCUCAUGAACGUCAAACUGGCCCUGGAUAUUGAGAUCGCCACCUACAGGAAGCUGCUGGAAGGAGAGGAGAGCAGAUUAGCCACAGGAAUCAAGACCAACAUCUCCAAGCAGACAUCUGUGAACUACGCCUACGGCCUGGAGAGCUCACGCACGCCCUCCUAUGUGGCCUGUUCCUUUGGGGGGAUGAAGGCUAGCAUUAGCCCUGUCAUCUGUCCAGAGGCUCCCACUGUGAAAAGUACCACAGUGACCAAAACCGAGACCGUGAUGGUCAAGACCGAGGACGGAACGCCGCCGCAAAAAGAGGCAACGCCACCGCAAAAAGAGGAGGAGCCACAGGCACCACAGGAAGCAAAAGAGGUCAAACAGGAAGAAGCCAUUGAGGAGAAGCAGGAGCAGAAGCAGGAGAAGGUGGAGGCUGAACCAGCGGCUGAAUGAACCUGAGAAUAAACGCACUAUAUUAUCUUACACUGAGAAUUCAACAAAGUACUUUUCUGCUGGUCUGGGCCUUAAACAGGUUCAUAGAGUAAACACGAGUUUGAGGUUAUUGCAGAACUCAGUAACUCAUCUCAUUUUUCCCUGUCCAUUUAAGAGCACACAAAACUUUUAGGUGCAGGGUUGCUUCACCUGGAUUGUUCCACAGUAUGGCAUUAAACUUAUCUAUCUAUAUGGAGAAACGCAGGUAACGUGGAGAAGACAUUUUUUGAGGUAUUUGUUAAAAAACAAAAGCACAUGGAUGUUAAUAAAUAUUUGAUGUUAAAAUGUUAUUGUGGAAGACUCCAGGCAAUGCAAGAAUGUUUCCAUGGUGACAGAUCCUCUACCAGAAAAGUUACAUAGUGCACCUUUAACUAGAAUCUAUAUAAAGUUUCAACCAUUUGGUUCUUCUGCUGUGACAAAGCUAAAUCUGUACUCUAAAUCUUCGCUGUCUGAAUAACUGAUGUACAAAGAGAUCUGGGUCAAUGGGACUUCCAUGGGAGAUUCUAAAAUAACCCUGCACUGUACAUAUUUGUCCAGAAGGUGGCGCCGUUGCAUGUCUUGUCCCUGCUUUCCUAGACACUGAAACUGCUCCUGCUGAAGUGUAUCUGCUAAAUAAACAUCAUUCACAAA